AUGAUAAAGUUCCUUCUUGGGGGCUCCAUAGAUCGCCCGGUAGAGUCCAAGAACGGGAGUGUAAACACCCUCGACGGGACUGGGAAUACCAUCGACUUUGCGAAACCGCGCGGGGUUGCGGGGAACCCAAUUCUCGAGAAAAUCAUAUUCUUCAUCGCUUUCUUCAUACUCGAUACGGCGGCCACGCUUUUCACGGCUUGCACGGAGGUUCUCACGGCUUCCAGAGGGUUGCACCGCGUUGUGCCUGGGCCGGCAGAGAGCAGUCAAAGGGGAAUAAGCAUUGUUGUGACCUUUAUUCUCGACCUUGUCGAUGGAAUCAUUUUUGUCAACGUAUGGGUCAUCGGUACUGGGGCAAGCCUCGUUGCGCUUACCGACUCCGGCUUCCUUAUCGCGGAAUUCAUUCAAAAUAGCUUCGACGAGGCUUUUGGUUUCAAGGUCAACGCCAUAUGGAGCAUCAAUUGUGUAAGGAAUACCACGGCGCUUCUUGCGUUUGGCUUCGUUGAUGAUUUCGCGUGCCAUGACACUUGCGAUGCAGGAUCUGAAAUCCUGGUCUUCAUCGUAGGGCUGCCUGACUUCGGGUGCCUCCUUGUCUGCGACGCAGCUCUUGAUUUCCGGGUCACCACAGGUAGGAACAGGGCUGUAGAGGGUAUCGAAAGAAGUAUUGCUCGCCUUGCGCUUGUGACCAACCUCGGGGUAUUCCUUGGGAACAUACUCCUCAUCGUCAUCGAGCUGAGCUGUGCCGGCCUUAGUGGAGGGCCACGCAUUGUUCCACUCGCUCUCUCUCUUGUCUAUCUUAUCCAGGAUGAGGUAGCCUAA